AUGCCGCACCCCCACAAUGUCUUCACUCCAGAGGUUCAUGAUCAUGCUGUUCCUAUGACCGAAAUAGAGAAUGUUAAGGAACAAAUUGUGUCUUAUGAGGCGCUAGAGGCAAAGAUUGUGAAGAAGUACCGAAUACCAGGAAAUGUCGAUUCGGCUGUCAUUCUCCAGACAGUUAAGGACAUGGCGUGGAAUUCAGCGGAUUCCCAAUACCCUCAUGAUGAGAUCGUGUGGGAUGCCAAGAUUCUUGAUGACUUGCUCGAAUUUCAGUGCUGUCUAGAACACCUUCAAGAACUUCCCGCACCAAAACUUCCAAAUGACAGUGAACAGCCUCCCGAGCCAACAGAUCCUGAGCCCUUGCCUAUGCUAAAACCAGAUCAGUGCUGGGGCGUUAUCAUAGGCAUCGACGCGUAUCAAGCAUCUCCAUUGUGUGGAUGCAUCUCUGAUGCCCAGGCUGUCUACCAAUAUCUCGUCCAUAGUCUAGGCAUUCCCAAAUCCCACCUCCGGCUCCUACUUGCUCCUAGUAGUAGCCCAUUACCUGGCACGUGCUGGCCGUCUCACGCCUCCAUCAUCGAAUCGCUGCAUGACAUCCACAAGAACCCUCUCAUUCAAAAAGAUGACAACAUCAUCAUCUACUUCAGUGGCCACGGCACCUCUUACCAGUGCUCUGACUACUUUCUGAAGUGGCCAGGUGGUGUUGCCCAUCUGGGAGCCGUCGAAGCUAUCUGUCCUGCAGACCGCUACUCAGUCGAUGCGAAUGGUCCUAUUCCCGAUAUCAGUGACAGGGAGCUCAAUACAAUUCUUUAUCUAAUUCGUGUUAAAAAGGGUGAAAACAUCACAGUUAUCACCGACUGCUGCUAUGGAGGUGGUGUCACUCACGGCAUAUCAGACACUCUCCCAUGUGGUACCACUCGGAAAUUACCUCUGUCACUCCUUUCAGGAUUGGAGCUAAUGCUUCGAGCUGGUGACAAUGACUUGAAAUUGAAAGGUUGUUAUUUGCAUGAGACAGUUUCGGUGCUGGAGGGGAACUGGUCUCCCAAAGCAUCUCACACUUUGCUCGCUGCAUGCAAGGAUUACCAGCUUGCAAGAGAGGUCAAGAAGGAUGAUGGUACAGUUCGUGGAAUUUUCACCGAGGCUCUGCUCAGCACACUCAAGGCGGGUCCGCAUGACCAGUCCUACUGUGACCUCUGUUUGACCAUCAGCACUGCUAUGGAUGGCACAGGUCAAACGCCUAAUGUCAUUGGAGAGAACAGGGACAGGGUAUUUCCUUGGUACCCCCUGGGCAAGGGGGUACCGGAAUUCCAGCCUGGCACACCAGGUAGGUAG